AUGAAAGUUAUGGAUAAAAUGAAAAUUCAAAAACUAGGGGAAACAAGACACAUAAUAGAUGAAAAGAAAAUCCUUCAGUCUUUAAACUUUCCAUUUUGUGUCCACUUAGAAACGUCUUUCAAGGAUAACAGGUACGUGUAUCUUCUCCUUCCUUUCAUUCCAGGCGGUGAAAUGUUCAGGCAUUUGCACCGCCAGAAGAGAUACGAUGAAAGACUCUCCAAAUUUUAUGGUGCCCAGAUACUGCUGGCAUUCGAGUACUUACAUCAUUGUGAUAUCAUCUAUAGGGAUCUCAAGCCAGAGAAUAUAGUCAUUGACGUUGAUGGAUACUUGAAGUUGACGGAUUUCGGUUUCAGUAAAAGAAUAACUAAUAGGACAUAUACAGUAUGUGGUACACCUGAUUAUCUAGCUCCAGAGCUCCUGGUACAGAAGGGUUACGGAAAAUCUGUGGACUGGUGGACGUUCGGCAUCCUUCUUUUCGAAAUGACCGCCGGUAACCCACCUUUUCAGGCAAAACAGUUGAUGAGAAUUUGUCGAAACAUUCUUUGCUGCAAAUAUAUGAUGCCACAAUUUUUCUCAAAUGAUCUAAGACAUUUGAUUGAAAAUUUAUUACAGCCUGAUGUUACAAAACGGUACGGCUGCAGGAAGGAAGGAAUCAGCGACUUAAAGGAUCAUUCAUGGUUCAAUGACAUUUCAUGGCUAAAUAUUCUCAAUCGCCAGGUAACAGCUCCAUUCAUUCCAACUGUGAAAGGUGAAGGAGAUUCUUCUAACUUUGGUCGCUUCCAGGAAGUGAGAAUUGAAGUAGCAAUGAAAGAUUAUCUUGAGAAAGAAUUUGAAGAAUUCUAA